GGCAAGAUUAUCGCCGACAUCUGCAGGUCGUUUGGGCGGCCUCUGUCCUUUGAUCCAAGAGCCGCCGCAGGGAGGAAGCCGCCUCUGCAUUCCAUUGCCGUAAACGACAUGCUUUUGCUGGAGAACCAGAUCCCGAUCUCCAUUGUUGCCGAGGCGCUGGCCAAAUUCCGGCCCGACGCCGGCCGAGUGUUGAUCCGCCAUCUGGAUUCGUUUUGUCGGCUUGUCUCUCCGAUAGCCCUGCUGAACCGGGAGAACGACGUUGACCUGGACCUGGAGGAGCCUCCCUUGCAUCUGCUGGAGUAUUUGUAUCGGAAGCUCAAUGGCGAUGAAGCGGAGCGGGAUGGAGUAGUUGCCAGGAUCCCGGUGGAUCAAGAUCUGGAUAUCCACCAUGAAAUUUUACAUUACGUCCCCGAUUGCUUGUGGGUGGGGAAAUCAAGAGGAUCAGAGAAGAAGGUCGGCGAUGAUCUUGACCAUGACUCAUUGGGCGCCACGAUCUUGGCCCAACUACCUUCUGCUACUGAUCUGAACAGCAUCGGGCUCAAAUUCAGUGGCAAAACAGGCGACCUUAGGAUUGAGUUCGACGAGGGAAACAAGACCAUCACCAUCCCAACGUUUAGGUGGAACCCU